AUGCAAAUCCCGAUCCAACUAUCGGCACCCGAAUCCCACUCACCACAACAACUGGAAGAAGGGUGGAACAACCCCCUUACGGAAGACCACUACUACCUGCACGACGAAGACGAGCAAGAUUGGAAUCAGCCAAUCACACUGCGGGAAAGCCCGCCUCACGACAAUCAACUCUACGUACCUGUCGGAUGGAAGGAAGAUGAAGACCCGUCUUUCCACAGACGUUACAAGGCGACGCUGGUGACCCCGCGACUCGCGUUACUACUCCGCAACAACAACAACAAAGACAACUACAACACCUGGUACCUGGACAGCUGCUGCGGACAACACAUGGUGGGGUCGACUCGCUACGUGUCAAACCUCAACCGAGCCCCCGCAACCUUCGUCACCGUUGCUAAUAGCCACCAACUGCGCGCCAACUCCCAAGGCAUUGUCGUUCUGCAAGCACGAGACAGCAACACUCACAUCUCGUUCAACGACGUGCUCUACGUCCCAGACCUACGCUUUAAUCUACUCUCGGCAGGACAACUUCGGGACUGCGGCGUCAUACUCACCACCGACCUGGCCACACGCGACCUCAUCCUCACGUACGCCCCUCCGGACACACCUCCCGAGUCGUUUAAAUACCUCGGUCGAGCCCGCUCAAUCAACGGGAUCUACGUUCUGGACUUCGACGUACCAAGCUGUGAAGCCUCGUCGGAUGAGCUCGUGGACCUGGUCCCCCUCGAAUUCGCCUUCAUGAACGAAGAAUCGUGGCAACAUCCUGACGGGCGACCGUGGAUUCGCCGCAGCCCACAUCCGCGCGAAAUCAAUCUGCACAACCCCGACAUCAACGGGCUCUGCACCACCUGCCAUACACCCGCUGCAAGCCGCACGGAACAAGUGGAAAGGGAAUUUGUGGCGAUCCAGGAGGCAGAAAGCGCCGAGGAAGAACCAACUGGCAUGACCGAAGAAGAACUCGCGGUAUCAACUUACCGCAUCUUCGGAGAAGAAAACAAGCAGUUCGGUCACCUGCCUGAUCCGCGGCCCACACCACGUUCCGAAACUCUCCGAUUCAUCCUCGAGGCCAACGCCACCACCAUAGACGAGGAAGGACGCCCGCGCCCGUACACCCGCGAAGUUUAUCGCCGCGAAAUUGACCCAGCCUGGAAAGACCCUGAUGAGGCAGAGGAGUUAAGCGUCAAAGAGGAACAAGAUAAGGUCAGGGCAGAGAAGAAACAAAAACUGUACGAAGAGCGCAUCGCAGCAGGCUGGAGCGAGGAGUCUGCACGACGAGGUGGAUGGGGAGACGAUGACUAUCAACCCGGGGAAGGCGCCACAUGGGCAUCAGCCAUCGGAGCAUGGGGAUCCAGCGGCAGUGGCAUGGCUACCACAGGAGGCUGGGGUACGGAAGAAACAGCCGAAGCAGAUCUCACCCAAGAAGAACUGGAGGAAGCAGAACAAGAGAUGCGCACCGAACGCGGAGAGGAACCACCCCGCGUCACCAUACCCCUCGGAAGACCACCACCAGCACGCUCACCCCCCCGGUCACCAUGGCGCUGGGACAGUACCUGGACGGAGCUUGAGGAGGGGAACGUACCUCCAACACCUGCCCGAGACUCCCUUGGUCCAAUCUCCCGUCCAGAUCCAUUCGCCCGCUUCAUCGAAGGAACAACAACUCCGCUCACCAUCAUCCCCGACCGCGAAUUUCUCGCCCUCUAUCUUUCGACCGCACCUGCAGAAGGGGAAACAACUGCAAAAGAAGCAGAAGGAGCGGAAGACGAAACAGAACCAGGAGAAGAGGAGGAACCACCGCUCCAGAUCCCACAAGAAACAGAGGAGGAAGCAGCAGAGCAUCGCGCACGCUACAUGCGCAGCAGCGGCAUUCGCGCCGAAGACGACCUCUGGCACCAGCGACUCGGGCAUCCCUCGCGCCAGACUCUCGCCAACUGCCUCCGCGCGAAGGUCUUCCCCCCAGGAGCACUUCUGCGCCCCGACGGCACCGAACCACACAACACCCCACACCCACUCACCUGCACCGUCUGCCCCACUGCAGCCCUCACUCACAGCGCAUAUCCUUCACUGGAGCCAAGCACCAACCGCUACAAGAAAUUACAGAAGGUGUACAGCGACUUCAUUGUACUCACCUGCGACGGACUCAACGGCGAAAAAUACACGCUGACCUUCAUCGACGCCUACUCACGCUACGUCUGGAUUGCCAACGUCGACGCACGGUCCAAGGCUCCAGAAGUCUUCCGGAUCUGGCUCGCACACGCACAGCGACAGUCAGGGAGGAAGCUGAAAAUCUGGCAGAGUGAUGGCGCCAAGGAGUUCCGCAGCCACGAGCUGGAAAGCGUCCUCACCGAAAAGGGGAUCAAGCAUGAGAUCUCUCUCCCCUACGCUCAUCAGCAGCAAGGAGUCGCCGAGAGGGUUAAUCGCACCCUCAUGACGAAAGUGCGCGCCCUCAUGAAUCAGUCCGGCCUCCCCAAGAAGUUUUGGCCUUACGCCAUGAACCACGCGGUGCGCCUUUACAACCUCCUCUCCACCACGGCCAACAGAGACAACCUUUCCCCGCACAUGAAGUGGACCGGCUCAAGGGGAGAUCCCUCCAUGUUGAGGGUUUGGGGGUGCAUGGUGCAGUAUCGGCCAACUUCAGCAAACAUUGGCAAGUUUGCUCAGCGCGCACGCUGGGGAGUUCAUCUGGGGCUCAGCAACGAGCACAAGGGGUGGCUCAUUCUCGACGUCGACAGCAAGGAGAUUGUUCCCGCGCGUGACAUCCUCUUCUACGAAAGACUCACCUUGAAGCAGUGGGUCGAGGACGAGCAACGUAACCAAGCUCGCGGCUAUGUCAACAGCGGCCGCAGCUUUGCAUCUCCCGAGGAUGAAGCAGCAGCAGCAGCCUUCGAUCGCGACGACACCGACGAUCAUCCUGGCAUUCCGCCUCGCCCUCGCUCGGACGAUGACGACGACGACGACAGCGAUGACGCACCUACCCCUGGACCAACCCGCCGCGAAACCGCCCCCAGCACUUCCUCACCUGGACACGACAGCGACGAUGAUGACGUGGUGGAGGUCCCCAUCACUGACACUGCGGAAACCGCGAACGCCUCCGGCCUGCAACUUCUCGGGCUCCACACCUCCGUCUCCGCCAUAGCUCGCGCUGUUGAACCAAAGAACCCGCGCCAAGCCCUCACCGGCCCGCACGCCAAAGAAUGGCGUGCAGCUAUGGACGCCGAACUGAAAGCGCUGGAGUCCCGUGACACCUGGGUUCUCGUCGAUCGUGCAGCAGUGAAGGGGAGGAGGGUGCUCAGCGGGAAGUGGGUUUUUCGGCUCAAGACUAACGCUGACGGAACCAUUGAGCGCUUCAAGGCACGAUGGGUGGUCCGAGGCUACGACCAACGCCACGGCAUCGACUUCGACCAAACUUUCGCUCCUGUCAGCCGUCACACCUCCGUCAGAAUCCUACUCGCCAUAGCGGCUGCUAAGCAUCUACCACUGCGACAGAUCGACGUGAAGAACGCAUUCCUAUAUGCGUUGGUGGAUGCAACCAUUUUCGUGGAGCAACCACACACCUACGGAGAAGGAGAUCCCAGGGUCUGCCAGUUGAAGAAAUCCCUCUAUGGGAUUAAGCAGGCGCCUCGUCUCUGGCAGCAGCACCUGCACAAAAUUCUACUGGAAAUCGGCUUCAGGCAGCUGCCGCACGACCCGGGAAUGUACCGCCUCCACUUCAACGGCGAUUACAUCCUCCUCACCGUCUACGUCGACGACCUGCUCUACACUGGCACCUGCAACACGCUUCUUACCCAGUUCGAAGAAAACUUGGCGAAGCGCGUGGACAUUACCACCAACCACAACGUCACCCAGUUUCUGGGCCUGAACAUCACCUACGCGCCAGAAGCAAUUCAUCUGUCAGCUUCAAAAUACGCAGAGCAGCUGGGAGAACGGUUCAACAUCUCACGCGCACCACUCUCAACUCCAUACCGCAGCCCCAGCACCAACUACAAACCAGACAACAAACCUUUGUCCCCCGCGGGGCUCCAACUGUACCAGCAGCAGCUGGGCUGCCUGCUGUUCGCAUCUGUCACAUGCCGACCCGACCUUUCGUACAUCGCCAGCCAACUGGCACAGUACUCCCGCAAACCAGUAGCCGAGAACCAGUUGGACCUGGAGCGCGCCCUGCAGUACUUCAUCUCCACGCCUGACAUUGGACUCUCCUACUCCACGCUGUCAACAACAUCCUUCAACCUCAACGGCUACGUGGACGCUGACCAUGCCGCUGACCCAGCAAAUCGACGGUCCCGAACCGGCUUCGUUUUUCGCCUGGAGCCAACUGGCCCCAUCUCCUGGAACUCGCAGAAGCAGGAACUGGUUGCCCUGUCAUCGGCCGAAGCUGAAUACAUCGCCGCGACAGCAGCAGUUCGCGAAGGUCUGUACCUGCAGGAGCUGUUACAGGAGGCAAAAAUUCCAACCUCGCCUACCUUUCGCCUGCACUGCGACAACCAGAGCGCGAUCAAGAUCGCGAACAAGCCCGGGUUCGUGAACCGCACGAAGCACAUCGCACUGCGGUACUUCUUCGUCAAGGACGAAAUCGACCAGGGUAAAGUUGACCUCGCUUACUGCCCAACCACUGAAAUGGCAGCCGACUUCCUCACCAAGCGUCUGCCACGUCAGCAGUUCAAGCACUGCUCCGACCUCACCGGAGUGGUCAAGCGAGUCAGCACCCCUCGCGUCCAGGAAUGA